GGUGGGCGGGGCUUGUUUCCAGGAUAUGACGCCGCACGCACAGGGCGGCCGCCGUCGUCAGUCACGUGCGCUUCCUGGCUGGCGGGGGAGGGGUUUAGGACAAGAUGGCCGGAUCCACAGUUAAAGUCCCUCGUAAUUUUCGCUUGUUGGAAGAACUUGAAGAAGGUCAGAAAGGAGUAGGAGAUGGUACAGUAAGUUGGGGCCUCGAAGAUGAUGAAGACAUGACGCUUACAAGGUGGACGGGCAUGAUUAUUGGGCCACCAAGGACAAAUUACGAAAACAGAAUAUACAGCUUGAAAGUAGAGUGUGGGUCUAAAUAUCCAGAAGCACCUCCAACAGUUAGAUUUGUAACAAAAAUUAAUAUGAAUGGAAUAAAUAAUUCCAAUGGAAUGGUGGAUGCACGAAGCAUACCAGUGUUAGCAAAAUGGCAAAAUUCUUAUAGCAUUAAAGUUGUACUUCAAGAGCUAAGGCGUCUAAUGAUGUCCAAAGAAAAUAUGAAGCUUCCACAACCUCCAGAAGGACAAACGUACAACAAUUAAUUUUAGCUGAAUCCCAAACUUGUCUUAAACAACUUCUACUUAUGUUAAUGUCUUGAUUCAAUCUCACAAUGCAAACCACCCACACAUUAAGAGAUUCUGCUGGUGUAUAUGAUCUGGACAUUUGAAAGAAUAUAUAUAUAUGUAUAUGUAUGCCCCAUAUGUUUUCAGGCACAAUCAGACAGAAAAAGGCAGCACAUCUUUUUCCUUUUACCAAGGCACUGUCAUAUUAAGCAUAAGCCUGAAGUAGCCUAAAAUUGGAGCUCCAGUGUUUCAAGAUGAAAGCAUGACAGGAAGUGCCAGGUUGCUGUGGAAUAAUGUUUCAAAAACCUUUUCUCAAGAAGAAAAUAAAAACAAAUGGCAUGCUUUAUCCAUCUUGCUUUAGUAAAAGAGCUGCAGAUAAAAUUGUUUAAGUAGCAGGUACUGCAAAUACCAUUGCUAAACUUGUUUAAUUUUUGCAAAGGUGUGGGUGCUGACUGCUAGUAGUGUCACAGAAUACAGUCAGGAUUGUUUUGAUACUUGUAUUUAUAAAAUGGGGAAAUGAUUUUCUUUUAAGCGGCUCCUGUGUGUUACAUGUAAUGGACAUUGCAAAUAUUUGUUUACAAGUCUUUGUUCUAAUAAACCAUGCAUUUAAGUUUUAGUGAAACAAACAAAAAAAGGAAAUAGGUGUAUGGAUAUGUGAUUCAGAAUAAAGUUAGUCUUCAAAUGUAAAUAAAAUGUGGAAAGUA